AUGAGGAAGCUGCAUAAAAUAGUAGUCCCAAACAAAGCUCCAGUUGUUCUGUAUCUUCAAAAAUCAGAUGUUCAGUUCCACUUACCCAAACUCAUCAACAACUCUCCAAAACCAACCUCAGAAUCUCAAUCACCAAAAACAUUGUCAAUACAUGAUUUCCAGGGACCUGUUAAGCCAAGUUACUUCGCAUCGACCUACAAAGACUAUCUUACUCCUUAUGAAAAGUCAGAGAUCCAUAAAUUCCUCCAAAUCUAUUAUGUCAGACAGACAAUUCCGGCCGGUAACAAUACCCCUAAGAAGGGUGCCAAGUUCUUUCCAUUUCAAGCUGAUGAACAUAUAGCCUACAGAUACCAACAGCUCCAAAUUUUAGGUCAAGGCAGUUUUGGCUCUGUCAUCAAGUGUUUAGACCAUAAAACUCACCAAACAGUUGCCAUCAAGGUGAUCAAAGAUUCAAAGAAAACCCAUAAACAAAUGGUCCUUGAACUUGACAUUCUAAAACAUCUCCAAUUGAAUGGUGAGAAUCAUCACAUACUCCACUACAUUGAUGUUUUUCAAUUCAGAAGCUUCUUUUGCAUUGUCAUGGAACUUCUUGGCCAAAAUUUACAUUCAGUUUUGUCAGAUAAUGGCCACAAGAGUUUAGCAUUACCAAUGAUCAAAACCAUAGCAUACCAACUCGGAAACGCCAUCCAAUACAUGCAUGAAUCAAACAUUAUCCACUGUGAUAUCAAACCUGACAAUGUUUUGUUUUCCCAGGUCCGAAAAACAUCGCUUAGAGUGAUCGAUUUCGGAUGCAGCUGUUGGGUUGGCAAAACAAUGUAUGAAUACAUUCAAUCUCGAUUUUAUAGAGCUCCUGAAGUAAUUUUGAACCUUAAGUAUUCAACAGGUAUCGAUGUUUGGAGCUAUGGAUGCGUUCUUUUCGAGAUCGCGAAUGGAAGACCACUAUUUAUGCCAGAUAAUGAAGAAGAACUCUUCCAUAUGAUGAUUGAAGCUCUUGGAUCACCUCCUGACUACUUAGUUGCAAAGGCUGGAAAGUAUUGUGACUUCCUUGGCCCAUAUAAAAAGAUUGAACCUUAUCAGAACAAAAAGACAGGAAAGUUGUACUUCCCAUUGGCUUUACCAUUCGAAAAAAGGAUAACCCACAUGAGUGAAAGCUAUAUAGAUGUAAUUAAAGCUUGUUUAACUUGGGAUCACGAAAAACGUCCAAGUAUGGCAGAAAUCCUUAAAAUGCCAUACUUCCAAGAGUAA